UCAUGUGGCUGCUGCGGUUGCUGCUGCUGACGUCGAUUGCUCUACGACUUGGCCACGCCCACUUCACCAGUGGCGAUGUCGUCUAUCAUACGCUGCCCCAUUUCUGGACGGGCGUCGGUUUCUGUCCCGCUGGCGACAUCAAUCACAAAGGCAUUAGCAAAUCGUUGGAAUCGCCCGCAAUGCAGCUGAAUCUCCGCCAGAUUGCAGCAUUGCCCGUUGGAGCUAUUACACAUAUACGCAUACAUUGGCUGCUGGAACUGGUGCAGUUCCUCGAAUACAGCACGGAUGGUGUGCCCAGCUAUGACUAUGACAAGUUUGACAAAUUUGUCGAUUUCAUGCAAGAAUUGCAUCUGUCGCCGGUGUUGGAAUUUAUGGCCAAUCCCGGUCAUGUGUUUACGGCUAAUCCCGAACGCAACUGGUUUCUCUGGGAGCACUUUGUCAAGAGCAUCAUCAAUCAUCAGCUGGCUCGACAUGGCGCCGUUCGUCUGUCCAGCUGGCGCUAUGAGACCUGGAACGAACCGGAUCUGCGUAGCUACAAUAGAAUCAACUUUACAGCCGCUUCCUAUCUGGAGUAUGUGCAGGCAGUGCGUCGGGGCCUGAGCAAGGCUGGAAGCCGUCGCAAGUCCAAGCGACAGCAGCAACUUUAUCGAGCACUUCGUGGUCCCGCUGGGUUGUUUAAGGCCGAUGAGCGUCAUCCGCUGUGCUGGCAGCUGUUGGAGGUGUGCAAUCAACAACUGGCCAAGUGUCCCAUCGAUAUACUCACCUAUCAUCGCAAGGGACUCGAUGGAAGUGCUACAGAGAUACUAAACGGAUCACUCGCGUUGCUCUCAAAGAUCUAUCAUGAUUAUCCACAGCUUCAACAGCUACCGGUGGCCAAUGACGAAGCGGAUCCCAUUGCCGGCUGGAGCACGCCACGUAAUUUCCAGGCGGAUGUUCGUUAUGCGUCCACGUUGAUGUCCACUGUGAUGCUUCAUUGGCAUGCCAAGGUCUCUGGCGGCCUCAUGGAUCAACUGGAGUCCAUUAGCCAUGACAACGCCUUUCUCAGCUAUCAUCCGCACGAGUUUAAUCAGCGCACCCUCCUGGCUCACUUCCGCAUGAAUGAGACGCAACCACCGCACUCGCAGUUCAUCCAGAAACCAGUCUAUGCCGCGCUGGGCAUGUUGGCCAAGCUGGGCACGCGUGCAGCCGAUCUGGAGCUGGUCAAUAUGGAUAGCAAGCAUAGUGUGCAGGUAAUGAGAAGUAUUUCCGGCAAUGGAGUGGCCCAAUACAUGGCCACCAUCUUUCUGAGUCCAGAGCAGGCGGGACCACAGCUGACAGCCUAUCAUCACAAGUAUACGCUGAAUAUGUCCAUUGCGAAUGAAUCGGCGUUUAUAACGGAAUUGUUAGUGCCGCGCAGCACAGAUCCGGUGCAUUUGUGGCAACAAGCUGGCAGGCCUGCCUAUCCGAAUGCCACCUUAAGGGAGGCCAUGCGACGCACACAGACACCUAGAUUAUAUGAGACGGGACCCAUUUGGCAAUACAAUAGCGAGCUGGUUGUUAACUCCGCCAGCUUGCCGCUGCCUUGGGUGAUGCUUUUGCGGGUCUGUUCAGCGGCGUGGCCCAAGUUAAAGCGGCCACAGCAGCUGGAGAUUGUGGAGGUGACGAAGCGCGAGGUGUUCAUCAGCUGGAGCGAACACACGCGAUCCACACAGUGCCUGAAAAGCUACGAGGUUUGGUUUAGGGAACGUGCUGGGUCCGACUGGCUGCAAAUAUCCCAAGGCUGGCAUCUGCCCUAUCCAUCGUUUCAAUAUGCACCCGGUCUCAAUAGCAGCGUAAACGGUUUCUAUAAGGUGCGGGGAGUGGAUGUAUUCAAUGAGAGCAGCGCCUUUUCGCAAAUAGUCGAAUAUCUCGAGUUAUAAUUAACAAAUUUAUCAAAGCAAAUAUAUUGUAUGGGUUAUUAACAUAUCGGUCAUAUUAGAUGCAACAUAAUCAGGCUUUAAUUGGUCGCAAGGCGUUAGCUGUUCCUCCAAAAAUCUCUCCCUCUCUUAUACUCUUUAACUUUUGGAAUGGAACUGAAUAUAAAAUGGGGCACAAAUCUUCAGAACAGCGAUACGUCUUGUCAACAAUAAAAGUAUAUCAUA